GGAGGACGGUGGCAACGAACAUGAAGAAGCCAACGCCGCAUUCGCAGCGCUACCAAUCCAGCAGCAGCUGAUAAUGGCCGAGAAGUUCCGAGCUUUCGCCGACAAUAUGAAGAGUGGGUUGAAUAAGAAAAUCAAAACCAUGAAGGAGGGGGCUGUGGUGACCAAGGACGAUAUCCUCGAUAUUCUUGACAGCGUGAAGGCGAGCUACCCGAUGUAUAUGCAUGAAUGA